CGUCAAUGCCGGAAAUGACCCGGAUUGGAACUUUUAACUCCUGGGUUGAUUAGUUUUCACCAGAAACAUCGGGAGCUCUCGAAAUAUGAUCUAAUAGCGAUUCAAACAUGUGUGUACAUAUGUCCAUGAAGGAUACCCCGCCUUGGAUGUGAGUCCAUCCGCACACCGGGAGGUCUACGUAUUUAUCCAUCUCACAGAGCGGAGGGAGAGGACUUUUUACUCCCAGGUGAUUUCUAGUCUACAGCGGGCGGGGGACCCUUUCCCGGCGGCAGGAUGACGUGCCGUGACCGGACACUCGAGUUCCAGUCAGCCUGUAAAUCUCUCCAGGGCAGACAGAAUGGAGUCCAGCCCAGUAAACCAGUUCUCAGCGCUCUCAGGCAGCGCAGUGACUUCACAGUUAUGGCCAAGAGGAUUGGGAAAGACUUGAGCAAUACAUUUGCCAAACUGGAAAAGCUCACUAUUUUGGCAAAAAGAAAAUCUCUAUUUGACGACAAAGCAGUGGAGAUCGAGGAGCUGACGUACAUCAUUAAACAAGACAUCAACAGUCUGAACAAACAGAUAGCACAGCUGCAGGACUUGGUGAGGUCCCGCGGAGCUCCAGGUGGUCGACAUAUCCAAACCCACUCUAACACUAUAGUGGUGUCAUUACAGUCCAAACUGGCUUCGAUGUCCAAUGACUUCAAAUCAGUCCUAGAAGUCAGAACAGAGAACCUGAAGCAGCAGCGCAGCAGGAGAGAGCAGUUCUCCCAACCUCCUGUCUCGUCUUCUCCUCUGAUGGCCAACAACUUCAGGAGCCGCAAAAAAGGGGCCCAGGAGCCGCAUGCAGCUCGCGAGCCGCGCAAUGACUACCAGGGCUAUACAACCUCAAAUUUAAAAGAGAGCUCAGUCCUGAUGCAGGAUGAGUCCCGGAGUCUGGGGGAUGUGGCCAUCGAUAUGGACUCUCAGACUAAUCCCUUGCAACUCCAGCUCAUUGAUGAGCAGGACUCGUACAUCCAGAGCCGUGCAGAUACCAUGCAGAACAUUGAGAGCACCAUUGUGGAACUGGGCUCUAUAUUCCAGCAGCUGGCACACAUGGUCAAGGAGCAAGAGGAAACAGUCCAGAGGAUCGAUGCAAACGUGGAGGACACUCAGCUGAACGUUGAGGCCGCCCACACAGAAAUACUCAGAUACUUCCAGUCAGUCUCCUCCAACCGCUGGCUGAUGAUCAAGAUCUUUCUGGUCCUCAUUGUCUUCUUCAUCAUCUUUGUCGUCUUCUUUGCCUAAAGUAAGGAAGUGCGGCUGAGGGGAGGGAAGUACGCACAUGGAAUGAGGGGAGGCUAAAGCUAAAACUAAAGCUGGACUGAGGUGGCAUGUCCAGACGCCGUAUUUGAAGGACUGUGUCAAAGUGACGGUUUGAUGGAGGCUUGGGAUCCACUCCGAAUAAUACAGACUUCUAGGUUAUUCCCAAGCCACAGACUCUCGAUUUUAAAUUGCCAGUUCAGAAAGAAUGAAGAUUCUGAACUGUCCAAAUAAAGAGAAUAAAUUAUCUAAAAUCCCCACUUUGUAUAGACAGAGCAGAAAACUGCUCUUUAUUGUACUUUGACCAACUAUUCAUAAACAUUUAAUCAAAAUGGCUAUAAUUUAAUGGUUUGAUUCUGCAAACUGUCUUUUUAAUUUAGAUUUUUUUUUCUUGUUAGCCCCCUUUGCCACAUCAUCCAUUUUUAUUAUUGUUUCAAAGCCAAAUAACAGAACCGGAGUUUAUCUUUGGAUUAUUUUGCUUCUUAGUUUACCUGCUUUUUAUUGAAGAACACAGCUGUGUCUCAUUUAUCAGCAAUUCUUCGCAUACCACCUUUCAGUUAUGAUGUGAAAUAUUUUUUUAUCCAUUUACAUCCUGUUUUUCUUUAAAAGUCUAUUUGCCAAAUGGGUACUCUUAUUGAACUGUGACACAAUAUGAAGACACUCGCUGUGGUCCAACAUUUUGUCUCCUGAAGGCACAGGAAGGCAGUUUGAGCCAGCUGAAGGGAGCUUUGCUCGUGUAAUUCAGGCGCGAGCUGUACGAAAUGGUAAGUUGUGAAACAAAACUGUUUUAAACUGUAUGGUGGUCAGCCAUGAGGCAGGUUCAAUUGUUGAACAAGUGUAAAUCUUGCACAGUCAGUGCUCCAGAAAGACUUCAGCCUAUGAGUCUCUUAAUGGGAUCUAGGUUCGAUAUCAAUGCUUAUGAAGGGGUUACACUGGUUGUGACUCAAUCAGCCAGAUUCCCUGAAGUGUCCGGUUGGAUGUCACUGCUGUAGUUGCGUCCCCUCUUUAUCUAAUGUACAGGAUGUUAUUUAAAUGACCACAGCUAUUUAGGAAAAAAGAAAACAUUCUUCUUAUUUUUCCCCAGUCUCUUCUUCUUUUUUUUUUUUUUUUAAGACAAAUGCCUUGACUUCAGUGUAUAAAGUGCAAAUAGUGAUAAUGAUGUAUUGAUAAGAAAGUGCAUAUUAAUAAAAAUAAUAAUGGGGUGCUGGCA